GGUACAAAGUUCAGCCAUUCAAAAUGACCUCUGCCCUCUUUUCGAUGGCUGCGAGGUGUGGAAGGUGAAGAAGAACAAGAAGGCAUUGUGGGGAAACUUCUAAGACCCAGUCACCUUCAUGAUGGUCAACAGUACUUGCCCCAUGGCUUACAGCUCCACCAAAUAUUAUAAAAUCCCUGUGUACUGCCUAGUGGUAGUCGUUGGGCUGCCUUUGAACUGCCUCGCCCUCUGGGCCUUAAUAUACCAGAUGAAGAAGGCCGUCAUCCUCUCAGUCUAUGUCCUGAACCUGAUCUUGGCCAACCUCUUGCAGAUCUUGACUCUCCCCUUCUGGAUCUACUUCAGUAGCAACGACCACGACUGGGGCCUGGGGGCGGCAGCGUGCCUGGCUAUCCGGCUGGCCUUCCGCACCAACCUAUAUGCCAAGAACAAUUUUUUGUGCCUUAUCGCCAUGGAACGUUACUUCGGCCUCAUAUAUCCCCUCAGUUUCCGUCGGCUGCAGAGCAUGUACGGCGCCGUUGCGUUGAGUGUCACCACUUGGGUGGUGGUGGCUGCUUUGUGUGUGGUUGGCAUCUGGCUGGAGACCAGUCACUCAGAUGAUUGGCACAGGAGCUGCCUGGAUGGCACCCACGUGGAAAAGGACUACGCGCAAUUCAAGCUGGCGACAAUGGGCCUUUCCUUUUUCCUCCCUUGCCUCCUCAUUGGCUUCUUCUACUUCAGGGUUCUGUUUGAGCUCAGGAAGGUGGAGUCUCUGGAGAAGCGAGUCAAAAAGCAAAUCUACGGUUUCAUCACGCUCAUCAUCACGUCCUUCUUCCUCACCUGGACUCCUUAUCAGGUAACCUCCUAUUACAAGUUCUACUGGGAACUGAGGCUGAAGAAAGGGGAGAUAUGUGCGUUUGAGAACCACAUCUUCAAUUACACAAGCACGACUUUGUGUCUGACCAGCUUGGGCAACAUUUCAGAUCCCCUUCUUUACAUCCUGCUCCUCAAAGAGGUCCGAGAAGACCUCAAAGGUCUCUUCUGGUUCAAGGAUCAUCUUCAAUGCGUUGGCAGAGCAGGAUCUUCCUCCACAUAAAAGUUACAGAAGGCUGUGUGAGCACCUUGAGAUGGAAUAAGAGACCCUCUGACUCUGCAUAUGCGUGACUACUCUACUGAACUCUACUUUGUGAAUCUUUGGAUGCCCUGCUAGACCAGUUCCGGCCAUUCCUGCACCUGUGAUUCGGCCUCAAAAACUACGGUGUGGCUUCAUUGGGAGUCACAGGUACGUCUCUGCUCGCCGUAUUUCCUGAAAAAUAUUGCAGAGUUGGCAAAAAUCCAAAGGAGGGCACCCAAGACAUUUAAGCAAUUGGAACAUCUUGCUACGAAGAAGGUCUGGGAGUUUUCAGCCUGCCACGGUGUUGAACCUGGAGAAGGAAACUACAGGAGACAGAACAUAUAUAGGAAAAUGACUUUGUCUUACCUGACUCCAAUUGAGAGAGUACGUGAGAGAGCCCAUUGUUAGUCAAAUGGCUAAUGGUGCAAGGUUCAAUUUUUGUGUGUGGAAGAACUGUGUGGCUGGAACAAUAGGUACUGUUUUCUCUGCCAGGGGCAUAGCUGUGAAAAAGGUGCCUGGGGCUCACGGAAUGCCGGUGCCAGGAGACAAUAUCGGGGAAAUCCCUGGCCACCUGUUUUCUGUGUGCUUUUUCAAAAAAAAUUAAUUGUGACUUUGGAAAG